AUGGCUUCGCGACGAGACUUUCUCAACCAACAAGCGCCCGAAAACUACGUCGCUGGUCUCGGCAGAGGCGCCACAGGUUUUACAACUCGAUCCGAUUUGGGUCCUGCUCGAGAAGGACCUAGCGCCGAACAGAUCCAAGAAGCACUCGCGAGACGCGCUCAACAAUUAGGUGCUGCUCCUCCUACGGCCUACGGUGCUAUCGACAAACGGGGACAGGAACAAGAGGAAGACGACGAUGAGAGAUUUCAAGAUCCCGACAACGAAUCCGGCCUGUUUGCCUCUGGACAUUAUGACGAAAAUGACGACGAGGCGGAUCGGAUAUUCCAGAGUGUCGACGAAAAGAUGGGCAGGAAGCGCAAAAGACCAAGGGAAGCUCGCGAAAAGGAAGAAGAAGAAGAAUACAAGCGUAAAAAUCCCACUGUUCAACAACAAUUCGCCGACCUGAAGAGACCUCUGGCCACGAUUUCGGACGAAGAAUGGGCGAAUCUUCCGGACCCCGGUGAUCUGACUGGCAAGAAUCGGAGAUCGAAACAGAAUCUAAGACAGCGUUUCUAUGCAGUUCCCGACAGCGUUUUAGCAGGAGCAAGGGAUGCGACAGAGUUUCAGACCAGCGUCCAAGAUGAUGGUGUCGAAUCGUCGGUGAGUGUAGAUAACAAAGAUGGAACAAUGACCAAUUUUGCCGAUAUCGGGGCUGCGAGAGAUAAAGUGUUGAAAGCCAGAUUGGAUCGAGCAGCACAGGCGGAUGCCGGCACCGGCUCCGCUUCGACGAUCGAUCCUAAAGGGUAUUUGACGAGUCUCGCAACUUCGGAGUUGAAGGCGAUCGAGGUGGAUGUCGGUGACAUCAAUCGUGUGAGAGUGUUGCUCGAGUCACUUAUUAAGACAAAUCCAAAACAUGCGCCCGGGUGGAUCGCCAUUGCUCGAUUGGAGGAAGUGGCCGGUAAAAUAGUCACGGCAAGAAAAUUGAUGGCUCAAGGAUGUGAACAAUGUCCGAAGAGCGAAGAUGCGUGGCUCGAGAACAUUCGCCUGAACGACAGUCAUAACGCGAAAAUUAUUGCCGCAAACGCCAUCAAGAACAAUGAACGAUCGACGAGAUUAUGGAUUGAGGCCAUGAAGCUUGAGUCAGAUCCUCGGGCGAAGAAGCGAGUGCUACGACAAGCGAUCGAUCAUAUACCGCAAUCUGUAGCUAUAUGGAAGGAAGCUGUCAAUCUGGAAGAGGACCCGGAAGACGCCAAAUUGCUGCUUGCAAAGGCGACAGAAAUCAUCCCUCUGUCCGUCGAACUAUGGCUUGCGUUGGCUCGACUUGAAUCUCCCGAAAACGCACAGGCGGUUCUCAACAAAGCUAGAAAAGCGGUCCCGACAAGCCACGAGAUCUGGAUUGCUGCGGCGAGAUUACAAGAACAGAUGGGUAACGCCAACAAGGUCAAUAUCAUGAAUCGUGCUGUCAAGGCGCUCGCCAAAGAGGGCGCCAUGCUCAAACGUGAAGAAUGGAUCACCGAGGCUGAGAAGUGCGAAGAAGAAGGUGCAGUAUUGACUUGCGGCGCCAUUAUUCGAGAAACGCUUGGUUGGUCACUCGAUGAGGAUGAUGACCGGAAAGAAGUUUUCAAAGAUGAUGCGAGCGCAAGCAUCGGGCGAGGAAAAUACGAGACGGCCAGGGCCAUCUAUGCGUAUGCCCUGCGAAUCUUCCCCACCAGCAAAUCCUUGUGGACCGCCGCGGCGGACCUUGAAAGGAACCACGGCACUAAAGAAGCUCUUUGGCAGCUUCUGGAGAAGGCUGUCGAAGCAUGUCCUCAGUCUGAAGUUCUGUGGCUGCAACUUGCCCGAGAAAAAUGGCACGCUGGUGAAGUGGACGAUGCUCGUCGCGUCUUGGCCAAGGCAUUCAAUCAAAAUCCUAACAAUGAAGAAAUCUGGCUGGCAGCUGUCAAGUUAGAGGCGGAUGCCAAACAGGUCGAUCAAGCACGCGAGCUCUUGGCCACUGCCAGACAGGAAGCGCCAACAGAACGAGUGUGGUACAAGAGCGCAGCAUAUGAGAGACAGCUGGGUAACAUUGACAUUGCUUUGGAUUUGGUUCUUCAAGGUCUUACGUCUACCGUGGUCAACAAGAAAGAAACACGGUUCCCUCGAAGCGCUAAGUUGUGGAUGAUGAAAGGUCAAAUUUACGAAGACAAGGGCAUGAUACCGCAAGCUCGGGAGGCUUAUUCUCAGGGCACGAGGUCAUGUCCCAAGUCCGCGUCGCUGUGGCUUCUCGCAGCGAGACUUGAAUUGAAGGAGGGCGUUAUCAUCAAGGCAAGAUCCGUUCUUGACAGAGCACGACUGCAGAACCCGAAGAAUGCCGAGUUGUGGGCAGAGAGUGUCAGAGUUGAGCUCCAAGCCAAGCCACCCAAUGUUCAGCAAGCGAAGAUAUUAAUGUCCAAAGCAUUACAAGAAUGCCCUAAGUCUGGACUCCUCUGGUCAGAAAAUAUCUGGCAUUUGCAACCCAGAACACAACGCAAACCACUCAGUUUAGAGGCAAUCAAGGCCGUGGAUAACGACCCGAUAUUGUUCGUCACCGUCGCGAGGAUAUUCUGGAGUGAGCGAAGAUUGGACAAGGCGAUGAGCUGGUUUGAGAAAGCCAUUGUGCUUGACAGCGAUCUUGGAGACACUUGGGCAUGGUAUUUGAAGUUUUUGACGCAACAUGGCACGGACGAAAAACGAGAAGACGUCAUUGCAAAAUGUGUUGCUAGUGAGCCCAAGCAUGGAGAAGUUUGGCAGAGGGUCAGGAAGGAUCCUAGGAAUGCAUAUCUCAGUACCAGAGAGGUGCUGAAGGUGGUUAUGAGUCAGCUGCAAUCGAAGGAACCUAUGAAUUAG